ACUCUCCCCUACUGGAGUGCAUAAUGUUGCUGAUACUUUGCCCGCCUCAUGUUUGUUUACUGGAUAAAUUACAGUAAUUGAUCAUGUAAAAAAACAGAAAAUGUUGAACUUUUUGAUAGAAUUUUUGUGUAACUCCUUAUUCACAUUAAAUAACAGUAUUGUAUUUAAUACUUUCAAUGGCGCCGGGUUGACUUGAUGUCCUGCAGCAGUAAUAAGAUUGUAGUGCGCUUAAACUAUAUGUAUUACGGUAAGUAUUGUACGGUCAUCCAAGUUACUCGCUAAGUUGUGCGGAAGACCUGCGAGAUCCUGUUUUUUUUUCCAUCAAUAAGUCCAGCCAGGCGACACGGCGAAUGGAAAAUGGAGUGUGUAAGUUACACGGCUAAUUGAACUACUUCUUUAACAUUACUUGUCUGAGCAAACAUUUUCGACAGAGACGCGAAAGACUUCAGAAGCAUGCUAAUGGCAAGCUAACCAUGAAGAAAAGCUCGUUUGUACAUGGGUAUCAGGAAGACAAAUAGUUUGUCCUCAGCCAGUAUGACUUCAGUGUCCGACCCGGUAUUAGAGAGUAGUCAAUACCCAUACAGAGGAUCGUGUUAUUCAGGGUCCCAGGAUGAUAACUGGGAUAAAAACCAGAGCUGAAAUGGAAAGUCACCUCUGUUUACUGGUUUACGUUUACAGCAGUGUGACGCUAGCUAGCUUAUAGCUUGCUAAUGUAAUUAUCAUGAUGUUGUAGCGUUUUCACAUUGUGUUUAAUAAUUACUUAUAAAUAAACAGUACCACCUGUCACUUUUAAAACCGAUUUUAGUUUAAAUGAAUUUUAUCUAAUUUAAUCCUGCAUAUAUGUGCGUAUAACGAGUGAAUUAACGUUGACCCUGAGUCCGCAGCUAACCUAAGGUCUGUGUAAUGUUUUGGGGUAAACAAAAACAGUUAAGCUAUAAUAAGACAUGAUCUGUUUUUGUGUCCGUCCUUGGUAAUAGAACACAUGUUGUGGAUUAGACUUGUAUGCUCCUUGGGAGGGAUGGGCUCAAGCUUUCAAUCUUAACCUUUGCCUUUAUAAUACUUACAGCUACAGGGCUUCAGCCUAUCACUAUGACUACGACUGACUGACUGAGUAACUAAACAAACUAACAAACAAAUUAAUACAUACAUAAAUGCAUAUAUAAAGUUUGACACAAUAACAGCUGUGAAUAGAAAUGUGACAAUGUUGAGUUGAGUCAAAACUAGAGAUUAUUUAAAAAUACCAUAUGGGUUGGGGAGACUGGGGUGAGUUGAGCCAAAGGGUAAGUUGAGCCACCCCCUGUUGCUUGGAAAUGGUAAAAGAAAUUGAUCAUGUGACCAAUAUUUAGGAGAUAAGCAUCAAUUCAUGGAGUCUGUGAAGGUUAGAAGCACAUGGGUGAAAGGGUUAGACAUUUAUUUACAAACAAACAUUUUUCACUCUUGAAAGUGAAUCUAGUCGGUCAUAAGUUUUAUUAGAAUUGUUUUCAGACCAAAAAAAGAUCAUUUUAAAUUUGUUUUAUACAUCAAUUGUGGUAUCUACGAGCUGCAACAUGAGGUCAAAAACCGAGCGUAAAAGUCCACCAUUUUAGCUUAGAGGACUAAUAAAGUCAUCAUAGUAGUUCUGGGGUAAGUUGAGCCAGUGGUUUAACUGAGAAAGUAAAGAAGUCUGAUAAGAAGGAUCAGAGUUUCAGUUCAGAUUGUUGAAAUGUUUGACUUUUUCUUUUCAAAAAUACAGCUGUGAAUGUUCUGAAUCACUUAAAGGAAUUCUCAUGUUAAAAUGGCUUUUUACAAAACAGCUUUUUAGCAGUUAUAUGUAAUAGUAAUAAAAAGAAUUAUUGCACCAGUUGAAUAGUUUAUAAUAGAGAUGCACCGACCCAUUUUUUUCCAGUCUGAUACAGAUACCUGGGCUGAAUGUAUCAGCCGAUAUCUGAUUCCGAUCCAGUACUACUGUUGAAUGAAUGAACUGUAUACCUUGCCCUGUAAGUGAAGGCAUCAGGCUUGACAUUAGCCUUGUUAAAAAGGUAACAAAAUAACACAGAUGUAGAUUUACUUAAUAAUAUUUAUUAACAGAUAACAAAUUGCACAUUAGCACAUAGCAAAAAGAAGUAAGAGUUCCGUAUAGUAAGAGAAAAUUAAUUAAUAGAAAAAAAAGACUGGAUCGGAACGCUGGAUAGACAUCAUUCAUCCGAUAUGUGAUCCAGUUAAUUUGUCCAUAUUAGAGCCGACAUCCAAUUCAGAUAUCGUAUCGGUGCAUCCCUAGUGUAUAAUAGAUAAUUAUACACAUGAAUGUGAAGAAGUGACUGUUAUUUAGGGAGAGAGAAGGUGAGGGAGGGCUGGGGUGGAGAGUGGGGGGGUAGUAGAGAUACGGCUCAACUUACCCCGCUCCUAUGGUCAACUUACCCCAUACACGGGGUAAGUUGACCAUAGGAGACCACUUUUUUUUGCAUGCUAUAUUAUCAAGACAGUUCUGUUUACACUCAUUCUGUUGGUUUGCAGGGAGCCACAACAUCUUGAAAUAUAUACAGAUACACUAGUUAGAGACAAAACUAUGAUUGCCUUGAUGUAGUGAUCCGAAAUAUGAAAAAUGGCUCAUCUUACCACACUCUCCCCUAUAUGUGUAUGUAUAGCACACACAUCAUUUAAACCUUUAUUAGGUUGGCUGCAUAGGCACACUUUAUCUUAUUGACUUCUAUUUUCCCAUGUCAGAUUCCAGCACCUAUUGAUGAUCUUGAAGGCAAAAAGGACACAUUAAUAGAGGGUAAGUGACUUGUAUUAAUCCUGUUGAAUAGGUUUUGGAAAAGAGGGACUUUUGCAGAGACGGAGAACGUGAUGCUAGAAGCUGAUCUCUCUGUCAUUCCUUCAGAUCCAGAACACAAUGUGUACACCAGGUUUAUGAAGUCCCAUCGGUGCUAUGACCUUGUCCCCACAAGCUCUAAGUUGGUCGUGUUUGACACAUCCCUACAGGUAAAAAUACACUUUGGACUUCAAAAAAUGGCAAACAAUUGUUUUAGGGAAGUAAACAUAUAAAAUAUGUUGUAUUCAUUUCUACAGGUAAAGAAGGCAUUUUUUGCUCUUGUUUCCAAUGGGGUAAGAGCAGCCCCCCUGUGGGACAGUAAGAAACAGUGCUUUGUUGGUAAGGGCUAUUUUUAAUCACAACAUUUUUACUUGGUGUAACACUAAUUCAAUAAAGCACUAACUCUAUGUUCCUCCUGUGUCCUCACAGGUAUGCUCACCAUCACAGACUUUAUCAACAUCCUCCAUCGAUACUACAAAUCUCCUUUGGUAAGACUGUCUGUGAAGUCACUUUAUUGAAAGAUUUAAUUUGUUGAAUGCUUUAUAAGACCCCAAUCCCAUAUCUUUUUGCAAUAGGUUCAGAUAUAUGAGUUGGAAGAGCACAAAAUAGAAACAUGGCGAGGUGAGAAUGUUUCAUAAAAAAGUGACUAAAUCUUGUCUUUCACUUUUUAAGUGUGAAAGUUAUAAACUUGGAUGUCUGUUGUUUUUCAUAACAGAGUUGUACCUUCAAGACUCCUUUAAGCCUCUGGUUAGCAUAUCUCCAAAUGCAAGGUGAGUCUGUUUUUCUGGUCAGUGCUGACUUUAUGCACGUCUUCAUUUUGUUGUGGUGUCAAAUUUCAUUUCCUUGAAUACACAGCUUAUGUGUGCAAGAGCACACAACUAGGGGGCAUAUAAGGGCCUAGCCUGGAGCAGUUACACUCAACAAAUUGUCUUACAUGGACCAACAUUUCAGGUUUCAGAAAACCUCCUUAAUUCAUUUUCUUACCCAAAUCUCUUUAAACAGGAAAAUCAAUUCUAAAUCAAUUCAAUUAUCAAUGGCUUAGCAAAAAGUUAUUAUCACAGCUAUAUGCAGCUUCUUUUUCAUGACAGAAAUUCUUUAAAAAAGUUAUCAUUACCAGAGUUUUAGAGCCCGACUUGUCAACAUAAUGUUGCUGGAAGAUUUGAAUUUUGUUUUGUACACACAAUAUUAGCUGUAUGAGUUUCCAAGCUUUUAUUUUUUUGUCUCCCUGUUGCAUUUUCUGUUUCAGCUUGUAUGAUGCUGUAUCUUCUCUGCUGAGGAAUAAGAUCCACAGACUGCCUGUAAUCGACCCGCUGACAGGAAACACACUUUACAUUCUCACACACAAAAGGAUUCUCAAGUUCCUGAAGCUUUUUGUAAGUCGUUCUGUCUUGUCUACUCACUACUAUUUCUAAUUUCAUACUCAGAAUGAUCUGCUAUUAUCUUUCAAGCAUUUUAGUCCAUUAUAACACAUAAGACAUGAAGUGCCUUUUGAGAACUACUAGCUUCAGUGGAGAAAACCGUAUUAUUUGACAGAGGUAUCCAUUCCCCCACAGUUUUGAUCAAAAAUGCACAAACUCUUGAUUCUGUGUUCAGAUAUCAGAGAUGCCCAAACCUUCGUUCUUGAGUCAAACCUUAGAGGAACUGAACAUCGGGACAUUCCACAAGAUCGCAGUGGUCCGCACAGACACACCCCUGUACACAGCGCUGGGUAUUUUUGUUGAACAGCGGGUGUCAGCGCUCCCUGUUGUGGAUGACAAAGGUAUGAGGAUCUUUCAUUCUGGCUCAUUUUUACAUUCAGAGACUGAGACCAAAAGUAUAUUUUGUCUUAUCUCUCUUUUGCAGGGCAUGUGGUGGAUAUAUACUCGAAAUUUGAUGUCAUCGUAAGUUUUUAAUCCAGCAGUGUCUCAACUUUGUCUUUUCAAUUUUUUUUUAAUUAGCAAAACAUAAUGAGGCUUUGGCUGACUUUUUCUUUUAUUAUCAUCUGAUCUUUGGAUAAGCUCUUGGUUUAGUUACUUGAUGAUGUUGGGAAUUAAACAGAUGCACACCAAAAUUCAAUAUAGCAGUAUUGUCAUAAUUCACUCAGGUUUGGGAAAAUGUACAAAAUCAUCAUAUAUGUGGAUCUUUAACCAGCAAAUGGUCUGGUUAUUUCUUAAAUAUAAUUUCCAUAAAUUUAUCACAAUAUAAAUUAAAAAAAGGCCAUAAAAUUACAACAUGUGGUCCAUUUUACCUACUCUUUCUUUGCUGAUUGUACCAAGAGUAUGGCACAAGAAACCUGUGGCUAGUACUUUAACUGGACCUUUAGGACACUAUUUUUAUUUAUAGUUUAAGAUGGAGAGACGUGUUAACCCUGAAGCACUGUGUCUGUGCAGAACCUGGCAGCAGAGAAGACGUACAACAACUUGGAUUUGACAGUGACCAAAGCCUUGCAGCAUCGCUCACAGUACUUUGAAGGAGUGCUGACCUGCAACAGACAUGAGACCCUGGAGGCCAUCAUCAACAGACUGGUGGAGGCUGAGGUAAGAGUCAGAUGUCAUGAUGUGUCACCAUGUUUGAACUCUGUUCAUGUUAGCAUCAAUGAUCGAUGGGUUAAACUCAAUACACAUAUGUACCCACAGCUAUCCUUUGCGACUAAAAAACAGCUAUUUUCAGUGACCUGUUUUGUGGGUGCUGCUGUUUAUUCAUGUGUCAAGUUCUCCUGGCAGUGGUACAUUUGCUGUAUAGCAAAGACUGAAAUAACAAUGUUGGUUUCUUUUGUCAUGCAGGUGCACAGGUUGGUGGUAGUGGAUGAGCAGGAAGUAGUGAAGGGCAUCGUCUCCCUUUCAGAUAUUCUUCAGGCACUGGUGUUGACUGAUAGAGGAGAGGGUAGGUCCAUAAGUAUAGCUGCUAAAUACAUCAAAAGCAAUCAAAAUGUUGAAGUCAUUUUAAAGGGAUAUUCUGGCGUAAAAUUAAGGGUUAGGGUCAAACACACUGUAACAUUGAGUUAGACACCCCCUAGAGAGAUGAAUGUUGCCGACUGAUUGCUUCUCUAGUUAUAGCAACAUUGGCAACGACUGCAUGAUAGCCAUACACAGCAGUCCCAGGAGCCACAGGCUCAACCAAAAAGCCACUCUAUAGCCACAAAUAAUGCUCAGAACAGCACCUAACUUCAUCAACAGUACAUAUAGGGUCCCAGCCAUAGUACUAGCCACCAAACAUAUUUUUUAACUUUGCCUGAUUUCUUUAGCAAAGAGACUAAACACAACUCACCUACUCUCUCUUCCAGCAGCCGCUUGUUUGUAUGGAGACCUCAGGCCAGUCCAUUACCGCAGCGAGGUGAUGCAGCUCAAGGAAAAACAUUUAUGAUCAUUUCUUUAUCAUUUCCUUGAAGUAAUAAUCACCAUAUUAAUCAUUUUGCACCACAGACGUGGUAGUUCUUCUGCCUUAGCGUCUCGGUCUGAUUGCAUUUCCAUGAAGAAAUGAUCAUAAAUGUUCUUCCUUGAGCUGCGUCACCCCGCUGUAGUCCGUAAUGGACUGGCCUGAGGUCUCGUUACAAACAAGCGGCUGCUGGAAGAGAGUAGGUGAGUUGUGUUUAGUCUCUUUGCUAAAGAAAUCAGGCAAAGUUAAAAAAGAUGUUUGGUGGCUAGUACUAUGGCUGUGACCCUAUAUGUACUGUUGAUGAAGUUAGGUGCUGUUCUGAGCAUUAUUUGUGGCUAUAGAGUGGCGUUUUGGUUGAGUGUGUGGCUCCUGGGACUGCUGUGUAUUGCUAUCGUGUGGCCGUUACUAAAGUUGGUAUAACUAGAGAAGCAAGCAGUCGGCAACAUUCAUCUCUCGAGGCGGUGUCUAACUGGGUGUUAUAGUGUGUUUGACCCUAACUUAAUUUUACGCCGGAGUUUCCAUUUAAAAAUGAUGUGAUUGUGAAUCUAUUUUCCUUGAUAUUUCUGUGUAAAACUGAGGGAUAAUUUGACUCUUCUCUUCACAGGCACAGCUUGAAGAAGAAUCUCAAAAUAAGAAAAGGCUGCACACUGUAAAGGGGAGGUCAGAGAAAAGGUUGAGUGAAUUGAGACUUGAGAGGGGUAAUGUGUCAGUACAUUGAGGUAAACUACCACAUAUCUCCUGUAACCUGAUGUCCUCCAAUCACACAUGAAUCUCUCGCUCACUCUGCAAAAAUACAAUGUCAUCAAAAUAGCAAUACAUAGAAAUUGUAGCAACACAAGACAUACAGAAACUCCUGUAUAUUAAGCAAAAUUCUGAGCCGCAAAAGAGCCAAGAAAGAUCAUAAAAAAGCACAAGGGGAGCUGUAGCCUUCCAUUAUCCUCACCUCUAUAGCUGCAGUGCUGAUUUACCUAAGGGGGGCGUUGAUUAUUAGUUGAUGAAAAAUGUUUUCCUGCUAACAUUAAUCAGAUAAUCAAUAUCCUGCUAGACGCUGGGCGGCAUUUCAAUUCCUUCAAAAAAUUUGUGGCCAGUUUUAAAACAUCAGUGGCUUUGCUGGGACAACGUCAGCUAGUGUUGUUAUGAGAUUUGCCUGAGCCUUAUUCUGUGUAUGUCUACAUAUUACGAUGUUAUCAGGCUUUAAUGAUUUUAUUCACUAUUUAAAAGCAGAUGUGCAGUCCAUUUUGUGAAUCAUUUUCAUUUGAACGACUACAUCUUUAUGAUUUGCAAUACACAUCUGUAGUUACUGAAAUAUUUAUCUGUAAGUGCUGUACAUGAAGUACAUAGAAAGACUAACUAGCUACAUGGUAACUCUGUGUAUUACUGUAAUUAUUUAGCUAAAUUCAGCCUGUACACUAUAAAAUUUUAAAGAUAGGUAGGACUUUUAUGACUCGAUUUUGCUUAAAAAACAUUUAAUAGAUGUUGAAUUAAAGCUGUUUGGCCACAGUCUUAACAAAAUUAGAGAAAAAAACAAAAGAUUCCUGGAUAACUCAGGAUCCAGUUCCUCUAGACUGAAAAAGAAUGAGUCAUAUCAACCCGUUGGCAGUUUAAUUAAUUUACCAGCAUGUGAAGAAUUCAAGCUCUCAGGGUUCAAUCUGUAGUGUAGCCAAACAUUCAAGUAGAAAAACCAGGAACAGCACUUUCAGGCUCCUGAGACACCUCAUCUGUGAAGUCUAAAAUACUGUCGUUUAGUCUGCUAUUAUAGACUCUUGUUAAAUGUGCUGCACUCUGUUUGAAUUCCCACCUCUUGAUAAGAGUUUUGUGUUUGCUGUUUUCUUUCUGUUGUCAGGAGGAAAACAAAAAUAUUUAAUGGAUUGAACAUUUUCUUUCUGCCUGUUACCCACACUUUCAGCUUUGGCAUCAUAAGCAAUUAGUGCUCUAGAAACUGCAGCCCUAAAAAGUGGUCCAUCACUUUUUAGUUGAUGGUCAAUUUGUCAAUAUCGUCAUUGUUCAUUGUUUAAGUCUUUUUGAUGUGUUGUGUUGCUGUUAGCUACAGUGAGGACAGUGAAGAAUAUAAGAUCUUACAGGUUUAUUAGACUGUCUUCAAUUGAAGGGAACUUUUUCAGAGUCAAGAUAUAUCAGCAUUUCCAUUUUCUUAACCAAAUCCAGGAACAUGCCUCAUUUCUUCUUAUGGAUUAUAUGAAAUUUGAACAUGUGAAACUACGUGUAAGUGCACUGUUUUUAUACUAAUCUGCACCAAGAUUUUAAUUUGAAAGAUGAGCAAUAAAGGUUCUUUGAAUUUCCUUUUU